AUGGAGCCAGAUGACAAACAAAAGACAGCCUUUGCCACACGUCGUGGACUUUUCCAGUUUAAGGUCAUGCCAUUCGGCUUAUGUUGUACUCCUGCACCAUUUGAGCGCCUAAUGGAAAAUGUUUCGGCAGGCCUUCACUGGGAUAUCUGUCUUGUUUACCAGGACGACGUAAUAGUGGCAGGCAAAACCUUGAAGGAAAUGUUUGCAAACCUUAGAAAGGGUUUUUGCAGACUGCAAAAUGCAGGCCUUAAACUAAAAGCAAAGAAAUGCUGCUUGUUUGCCGAAAAGGUAACUUACCUGGGACAUGUUGUGUCAGAGGAAGGUGUAGCGACUGACCCAAACAAAACAGCUGCAGUAAAACAGUGGCCAGUACCUACAAAUGCAGCUGAUAAUCCUAAAGGUCAGUUAGCACGUUGGCUGGAAAUCCUCAGUACAUUCAGUUUUGAGAUACAACACCGACCAGGUACACAACACAGCAAUGCAGACGCACUGAGUCGUGUGCCAUGUCGCCAGUGUGGUUUUGAUCCAAAUUGUGAGAAAGAUUUGAGAGGUUGCAAGCCAGACAAAGUGAGAGUUGUAUCCCAAGCCAGUGGAUCAAAGAAAGGAGAUGACGAUCCAUUACUGUCUAUGAAAGACAUGGAAGAUGAAAACAAAGACAUAUCCCUUGUAGAACGUUUGGUCAAGGAAAGGAAAAGACCUGAGUACAGUGUGUGUGCGAAAGACACUAGCUCGAAUAAGGCAACAGUUCUAUUGCAAGCAGGCACCAGAAUGUACAUAGCAGGUUGUGAAAAAAAGAUGGGUCCUCAAAUGAAGAAAAGAGCGCCCAUGGAAUUGGUUUUGAGUGGUUUACCCAUGGACAGGAUUGCCACGGACAUCUUAGGAGAACUACCAAUGACAGAGGAUGGCAAUAAAUACAUAUUGUUGGUAUCGGACUGUUUUACGAAAUGGACCAAGUCUUUCCCAAUGCCGAACAUGGAAGCCAAGACAGUGGCAAAACUUAUUGUUGAAGAAGUAAUUGCCCGGUUCGGCGUACCAUCAGUCAUUCACUCUGACCAAGGUCGACAAUAUGAGAGUGUGCUUUUUGAGGAGAUGUGCCAGGUUCUAAAAUUAAGAAAACACGGACGGACUAGACCCUACCAUACACAAAGUGAUUUAAUGGUAGAGCGUUUUAACAAGACGCUAGUGACAAUGUUAAGCGCUUACCUGAACGACCAUCAUUCAGAUUGGAACAAACACCUACCAUUUGUAAUAAUGGUUUACAUGGCUUCCGUUCACGAGACAACUGGCUACACUCCCAAUUACCUAAUGCUAGGAAGAGACGUGUCAACGCUUGACAUCAUUUUUGAAAUGUUCAGAUUAGGGCAGCACAUUCCCAAAGAAAAAUGGGCCUGGGAAUUGAAAGAAACUCUGGAAAAAGCACACAAACAUGUCAGGGAGAAUAUUAAAACAGCAAUGGUUAGACAGAAAAAAGUAUCACGACCAAAAGUUGUCAUGGCAGAAAUUUGA